UGGAGCAAGAAUUACGUCCGCAACAUGGCCGCUGAUAACGCAGGUUGAACUUACAGGAAAAACAAAAAACUAAAGCAUUUAUCUUUUGACGCUUAUAUCCAUCUGAUACCAAUACCAACGUUGGUGUCGCUUCUAUCGCUUUUUGUAUCGAUCCGUCCAGCCUGAGUUGAAGCAGCAAUGAGUUCAGCUCAGUAUCUGAGAGAGUUCAUCAAGGAGAGACUAACUGCUGUUUGUGAAGAAAUCUUCUCAGAGGUUCAAAAAACCAUCGUCCAGUAUGAGGAGGAGAUCAACCGUCAGCACAGACUGCUGGAUAUCAGCCGGAAACCCGACAGAAACUCACACAUCAUAGACUUCCCACGACAACGUGACUGCAACGAAGAGGAGGAGAGGAACUCCAGUCUGGACCAAGAGGACCCAGAGCCUCCACAGAUUAAAGAGGAACAGGAGGAACUCUGCAGCAGUCAGGAGGGAGAGCAGCUUGGACUGAAGCAAGCUGAAGGCAUUAUUGUCUGGACCAAGGAAGAGCAGAUUAGAGUGCUGGGGACCAUCUGCAAACCUGAGAUAAAGUUACACAGAAUAGACCUCCAACAGCAACAUGUCUGUGAUGAGGAGAAGGUUGUCAGAGGUCAGCAGGUCUGUAACCAGGAGAGGAACUCUAGUCUGGACCAAGAGGACCCAGUGCCUCCACAGAUUAAAGAUGAACAGGAGGAACUCUGCAGCAGUCAGGAAGGACAGCAGCUUGGACUGAAGCAGGAGGCUGAUGCCUUCAUGGACACCCUUGUUUAUCAGGAAAGUUACCACAGUGAACUGGAAUCAAACAGCGAGCAGCUCCUUUCUUUUAGCUCUCCUGAAGUAGAAAGCCAGGAUGUGCUCUCAGGAUCAGCUAGAAGUGUAGCGCUAAAGAGGAGACGUCUCAGACUUGCUGACACAAGGGAAAAGUCUCUAAAAUGUGACACAUGCGGAAAAGCAUUUCACUUCCAAUCCCACCUGAGUGCACAUCUUAGAGUUCACACAGGUGAGAAACCAUAUUCUUGUAGCACCUGUGGGAAAAGAUUCAGCCACAAAUCAGCAUUGGAUAAUCAUUUAAGAAGUUACACAGGCGAGAAGCCAUAUCUUUGUAUCACUUGCGGGAAAAGAUUUGUUCAGAAGUCUCAUUUGGAGCGUCAUGUGAGAAUUCAUACAGGUGAAAAGCCGUAUCCUUGUAUCACCUGUGGGAAAAGAUUUAAUCAGAAUUCAGAGCUGCAACGUCAUGUAAGAAUUCACACAGGUGAGAAGCCAUAUUUUUGUAAAACUUGUGGGAAAAGAUUUGCUGACUCAUCCGGACUCAUAAAACACAUGAGAUUUCACACAGGCGAGAAACCAUUUUCUUGUGGGAUCUGUGGAAAAAGUUUCAGUCAGAAAUCAGCAUUGGAAACUCAUGUAAGAACUCACACAGGCGAGAAGCCGUAUUCUUGUAGCACUUGUGGGAAAAAAUUCAAUCAGAAAUCAGGAAUGAAGUCUCAUGCAAGAAUUCACACGGGUGAGAAACCACAUUGCUGUAGCAGGUGUGGGAAAACCUUUAGCCAGAGGACACACUUAAAGAAGCACAUGAGAAUUCAUACUGAUUAAAAGUUUAAAGCUUAGAACAUGUGGGACAGUUGUUAGUCAUAAUAGAGUGUUGGUUGUAGAGCUCACACUGAGCAGAAGUGAAAAGAUGAAUUAUGUGGGUUCUAUUCCAGGAAGCAGUUUUAACUAACAACUGCAGGUUUGCUAAUCCUGACAUGAGGGAGAGAAAGAGAGUUAACUUUAACUCUGUGUCACUCACCAGGUUAAGAAACUCUUUGAACCUAACAGAUUUCAGCAGAUUUUCUUAAACAAACUAUGAAUUUGUGUAAGAAAUUCAUAGUCACUCCUCCCAUUUGCGGCACCCGAACCAGCCAACUGACACUCCAAUUAAUUUCCUCUUUCAUAAUGUUGUUAACAAAGCACAUUAAUCUGCUGGAAGUUUGUUUUUACAAAUUCUCAGAUGUUGCUUUGGAACUUUGUUUUUUUGUGAUUGAUUUUAUAAUCGGUCAGUGAAAAGUGUCAUGAUUGGGACAGCGAUUAUUGCAGAUUUAUUAUGAGCUCAGAAUAAGUUCAUAUAGUAGCAUAUACUAAUUUAGUUUCCAUAUUUCCAACUCUGACUUAGCAUAGCCAACUUUGAGUACAUUAUUGUAUUUUUGUAGUACAUCAUUGUCCUCUUUAAAGUUUUAGACCCAUAGAGCACAGGAUUAGCUAUAUAUACUUUAAAGUCAGGUAUAAAAUGCACACAGUAGACUGUCUGUGUUUUGAACAUUUCAUUCUGAAAUUUUACAGACUCACAAGACUCAGUCAUAUAAUAAUGUCAAACAAUGUUUUGAAAGGUAAUCUGUGACUUCAAUAAAAAAAGUGUUUCAUUUAAAACUAAUCCAAAUCCAUCUCACUGGGGUGUCAUAUAGCCCUUUUUCACUUGUACCCACUCUGCUCGACUCGACUUGGUUUCAGUGUUUUUUCCAUUACACUGGAGUACCACCUAAUCUGGGUGGGGUCGUUAUAGCAAUGUGGCCUAAAUUCCCGUGACGGCGUUUGUAAAUGACACAACAAAAGGAGGAGGUUAAGAUGAUGGUGUGCUUGCUACCUGGUCACCACAAAAAUUACACUAAAAACGAGCGUAUAACGUUUGCCUCUACUGUUUUCUUUUAUGGAAAUCGCAAUAGAAAAAAAGAGGUUGCUACAGCCCAUCAGUGCAUUAAAUACUGCCUUGAAAAGUUUGAUUUCAUUAAAAAAUGAAAUUUUCAAACUGUUGCAAAAACAUUUUUUGUAAUUUAAUAAAAUGACUCUGUGUGCUGCUAUCUGGGUACGUCCAUCAGUAAACUGUGUCUGAUCUGUUUAUCUCAAUUUUUAUCUUCAGUUUCUGUCAUUUUGCUGCUAUCGGGUUACACCUGAAUGAAUAGAUUUCAAAAUCAACUUUAGAUCAUUUUAAUGUAAUACAUGGUAAUUCAUGGGUAAAUAGUGACCAUGGAAAGUAUAAAAAGUUGUAGCUAUACAUUACAUGACGUUUUAUAAUAUCCGAUGAUGAUGACAAGAGUAGACCAAGAAAAUUAUUUUCUCCCCUCCUAUUAUUUUAAAAUAACUAUCAUGAUCAGCGCUGACACCUGUUGGUAUUUUUCAAACUACUCCAUUAAAAUGGAGGUUCAGCUCUUAAUUUACUCAUGGUGAUUUAUGGUAUCUGAGCUCCAUACCUCUCUUUCUCUACUCACACACUCUCUUAACUCAGAGUUGAUUGAACUUUGAUCAACUUUGGAACAGGAAACUCAGGCUUAUAGAUCUCAGAGUUAACCAUCUCAGAGUUU